CUCAUAUCUCACCACCAACAUUCCUCACCAUUACAACGUAAGAAACCAAUCUCUUCAUUAUUAUCUCCUAAAAAUGGAGUUCCUCCAAACCCUACCACCACUCACCUUCUUCUCCCCACUCCUCCUCACCAUCGCCGCCAUCUUCCUCCUCUCCAUCCUCACCUCCAACAAGAAAACCGCCGCAUCAUCCCAAAAAGCCAACAACAACAACAACCUCCCGCCGGCACCGUGGAAGCUCCCCGUGUUGGGCCACCUCCACCACUUCCUCACCAGCGCCGAGCCGCCCCACCGCCGCCUCCGCCAGCUGGCACGAGCCCACGGCGACGUCAUGCAGCUGGAGCUCGGCGAGAUCAGCCACAUCGUCGUUUCGUCGGCCGAGGCCGCCAAGGAAGUGAUGCGGACCCACGACAUCAAGUUCGCGCAGCGGCCCUUCCACCCUCACCAGGCCAAAAUCAUGUACGGCGGCAUCAACCUCAUCCACUCCCCCUACGGCGAGUACUGGCGCCAGCUCCGCCGCAUCGCCACCCUCGAGCUCCUCACCGCCAAGCGGGUGGAGGCCCUCCGCCGCUUCAGGGAGCCCGAGGUGGACUCCCUGAUGCGGACCAUCGCGGAGCAAGCGCACCUUGCUGGGGAUCAGACCUGUCCAAAAAUUCAGGUCGUCGACCUGACGAAGGUGCUGUUCAACCUGACGUACAGCAUCAUCUCGAAGGCCACGUUCGGCGACGUGUCCGCGGAGCAGGAGGAGUUCAUCGAGAUCGCGGAGGCGCUGGUGAAGUACGGCGGCGGGUUCGGGCUGUCGUACCUGUUUCCGUCGAGCGGUUUGGUUCAGAGGUUUUUCGGCACCAAGGAGUGGCUGGACAAGAUGCACGAGGGCACCGACCGGCUGGCGGAGAGCAUCAUCAGACAACAUCGGGAGAAGAGGGCGGUGAGUAGGAAAUCCGAGGACGAGGAGGAUUUGCUGGACGUGCUUUUGAAUCUACAGGAAGAUGAAACCACGCUAGGGUUCAACUUGUCCACCGAAGCCAUCAAGGCUUUCCUUCUGGACAUUUUCUUGGCUGGAAGUGAGACUCCGUCGUCUUUAACCGAGUGGGCAAUGUCAGAGAUGAUUAAGAAUCCGAAAGUGUUGCAGAAGGCACAAGCCGAGGUGCGACGAGUGUUUGGCGAAAAGGGAAGGGUCGACGAAGCGAGGAUUCAGGAGCUAACCUACCUCAAGAUGGUCAUCAAGGAGACGCUGCGACUGCACACUCCGGCGCCGCUGGUGCUUCCCAGGGAGUGCCGAGAGGAGUGCCAGGUGGGCGAGUACGACAUUCCCCUGAAGACCACGGUGGUCGUGAACGUGUGGGCGAUAGCGAGGGAUCCUCGUUACUGGGGGGAAGAGGCCGAGAAGUUUCUGCCGGAGAGGUUUACCGACACCAACGUUACUUUUAGAGGCGGCGAUUUUGAGUUUUUGCCGUUUGGGGCGGGGAGAAGGAUGUGUCCGGGGAUGUCGUUUGGGCUGGCGGCCGUGGAACUUCCCCUCGCCAACUUGUUGUACCAUUUUGACUGGAAACUUCCGAACGGAGUCGAGUCGGAGAACCUGGAUAUGGAAGAAAUAUUCGGCAUCACUAUCAGGAGGAAGAAUCAUUUGAAGUUGGUUCCCGUCCUCCGUAAUCCUGUACCCACUCUUUGAUUUUACUAUCUAGUAACAACCAAUAAGCUAAGGGAGACCGGCGGGAUAUAUAGUAUACACUAGGUAUACUAAUGUGUGUCUAGGUACGUUUCAUUAAUUAUGUGCUAUGUUUUUUCUUGUCAUUGUUACAAAAAGUUGUCUACGACAUAAAUUGUGUGUUCGUUUAUCUUAUUAGUCAUGUACCUAUGCGGCCAUCGUCAUACAUUAAUGAUAAAUGAUAAAGCAUGCUUU